GCGCCGGAACCGGAAGCCUUUACCUCUUGAGUCCAUUGAAAGAAAACAUCAACAUCGACGUCCUCACGAAUCAUGCGCCGGGUCUGAAGUCUCUGGAAUGGCCUCAGCACCGGACCGGCUCCUCGGGGUGGCGAUCUGGCUGAUUAUCGCCGGACUCGUGCGUCUGUCAGACGGAGAUGCGCUGGACGUCACCGGCCCGUCGGACCCGGAGCAGCUGGAGCAGCUGGCGGGAGAAGCGUGCUCCGAGGGCCGCUGCGAGCCCGAGCCCGAGCCGGAAGCGCCGCUGUCCGGAGAAACCCCGAGCCACAACCUCACCGAGACCAAGACCUUCAAAGUGAGCUGCGAUCAGCGGAACAUCAGCGGCGUCGAGCUCUUCUCGGUGCAGAUACUCAACUCCUCUCAGGACCUGAUGGAGCUCCUGAAUGCUAACAGCUCCGAGUGCUCCUUGGUUCUCUUCUACACCACGUGGUGUCAGUUCGCGAACCUCGCCCCUCACUUCAACGCCCUGCCGCGAGUCUUUCCCAGCAUGCACUUCCUGGCUCUGGACGCGUCCCAGCACAGCAGUCUCUCCACACGCUUCGGCACCGUGGCCGUCCCCAACAUCCUGCUGUUUCAGGGAGCCAAGCCCAUGGCCAGGUUCAACCAGACCGAGCGGACGCUGGAGACGCUCAGCUCCUUCAUCACAAACCAGACAGGCUUUGAAGCCGGUCCGGAUCCGUCUGUUCUGGAGGAAGACCGCUCCGGACCUCUUCCCGCGCUUCCCGUCAGAGGCAUCGACUGGCUCUUCGUGUUCUCGGUGCUGUUUAUAUCCGGCUUCACGCUCUACGCCAUCCUCUGCUCAGACAGCAUCCGCUGGCUCAUUCCAGGACAAGACCACGAGCAUCAGGACUAGACUCAGAUCUCACGCAGGAAAUGAACCACUGUGAAGAAUCUGCUCGUUCACUUCUGUUCUUCUGUCAGCUUUUACUGGACUUGGUUUAAAACAGCAAAAGACCAAUUCAAAUGCAAAACUCGUGCCUGACGUACAUAAACACGGCUCAGAAUGAAAGCACAGGGAGGUCGUGUGAUCUUAAUGUACUUGGAAGGAAGUAAUGGAUCCCCCACAAUCCUUUGCACUGACAGCAGGUCAUUAAAAGAGCCAGUGCUAAACGACUCUAUUUCAUAACGAGCUACAUUUUUUUGUAAAUGGAUGCUACCUGUACUGCAUUAAUAAAAAGUAAGUUAAUAUAAA